GAUCAAUGCGAAUGUGAUUGCGAUAAUUGUGAGUACGAGAAGACCUCUAAAAUACCACAACUGGACGGCGCCUUCUCAUCGGAUGAGAGCGGAUCCGACUUUAAGCCGACCUAUAAGGACGACAGCGCGGACUCUGACUUUGAGAGGUCGUCGUCGAAGAAGUCGUCGAAGAAGGGCGGCGCCAAAAAACGGCCGCAAAGAUCCUCCCGUUCCUCACCAAACAAACGCAAGAAGACGUCGAUUACGAGAGUUUCAGAUGAAUCGGACGAUGACUUAGUGAGCGAGUCGUACACAUCGAGGCGGUCAGUGCCUAAACGUAGGGCCGCCCCCGCGAUGGGCGGUCGUCGACGUUCGCCAUCCCUUUCCGACAAAGAAGACGACGAUGUCUUCAAAUCGAGUUCCGGACGAACCGUUAAGAGUACUAAACAGUUGUCGUCCACACUCUGGGAUCAAUUGAAACCGGCGUCGGCUGUCGGCAAAAAGCGUGGCAGCGGUUCACCCAUUCAUAUGUCGUUCUCCGAGUCGGACGGUUCGGACAAAGAGACGCGCGGAACGCCAUUUAGCUUUAGUUUGGGUCUCAAUAAUACGUCGAAAUCACCGAAAAAGGGCUCGAAAUUGCUCAGGCUCCUACUCUUCGGCAGCGCGUGGUCUGGGUCCGGCCGCAGGUUCUCUCGCCCUGGCCGGAGAUCAUUUCGGCCUGGGCGCAGGUCGUUUGGGGGACCCAAGUCUAGUAAACCAGGUCCUAAGUCGAGUAAAGCAGAUGUGGCCUCAAAACCAGGACCCAAGUCGAGCAAAGCCGCGACAACCACUGCCAGACCCGGACCCGCGUCCAGCAAAAUAGGACCCAAAUCAUCGAAAAAGAGAGAUUUGCUUUCGGAUUAUAUCGCCAAUAACUAUGACACUAAUUAUGACGACGACGUCCAGAGAACUACAUCUCUGUAUUCAGACUCGAGUCGCAGAUCCAGGACUACAGCUAAACGAAGCCCAUACAAGAAUCAGAAGAGUGACGAUGAGUUAGACACGAGGAUGACGUCAACCAUUGUUGGUGUCAUUGAAACGAUCGAUGACAAGGACCACUCGAAGGCUGACCUCACAUACCGGGCCUUCUCGGGAGAGAUUGUGACCGUCGAUGAGAACUAUUACGACAGCAAAUGGUUCGAUACGAUGGCCAGAGAGAAGAUCUUACUGGUGCUGAAGCCGACGCCCGACUUCAUAAUGAAACCCUAUCUGCGCCGGUAUGAUGAGAACCAGGAGUACUGGACUGAAGUGAGGGCUGAGGUGGAGGAGGAGCUGAAGAACGGCGGACCCAAACGCGGCGGCUGCAGGACUGGCGGCACCAAAAGUAAGGGUGCGGUUAAAGAUUUUUUAAUAUCAAAAAGGGUUGCCAAGUCUGUGCGAACGCCCGGUGCGGUCGCGACCGGCGGCGCCAAAAAAGUCAAUAAUAAAAAGCCGGACGAAGUCGCGCGCCUCGUGUCCGACGCCUUUGUUAUUAUUGAUAAGCCUUUAGGCAAAAGAGGCGCUCAAACAAAAGCCGCGCCCAAAGCGAAGGCUAAGCCGUCGCCGCCGCCGACACCGGUAGCUAAGACACCGGUAGCUAAGAAAUCGGCGCCUAAAAGCGCCUCCCAUUCCAAACCGAGUGCUAGUAAAGCGAAAUCGAAAUCUCAGUCCAAUGCAAAGGUCGGCGCGAAAACCAGUAGCGCCCGUAAGUCGCGCUCACGGGUGCCCCGAGGGGUCACCUCUACUACUGUGUAUAACUCCGUUAGUAUACCGUUCUAUGAGUCAGACAUACGAGUGGUGACAGACCUGAAGGGCUAUAAGAAGAUUACUUAUCUGAAGAGACUGUGCGAUGACUUCUCGCUCGACAUCUCGAAACUGUCCGAUCGUCACAUGAAGAGAUACCUGAACCACGAGAUCAGUCCAUUCCUGUUCGACAAUAUGUAUUACAACGACUACAGCGGUAUUCUUGCGCAUGAAGAGAGUCAGGCCACUCAAGACGUGUUGAUCACAAUGAAAGAGUUGGUCAAUACUGUGGUCUCUAUCUCUCAAUGCGUGGACAGCAUUGUGUUGGGAGUGGAGAAUGAGUUGGAGCCCAAGCCUAUGAUCGAUACCGGAGUCGAUGACUAUUACAGUGAUUCUCCCGUCUAUGAGGACAGGGAUGAGUGGAAUCAUUAUGACGACGAGGAACAGGAGGUGAUCGGUAUUGCCGUCAAUGAAUUCGGCGAAGCUAUCGGUGCCGUCGAGAAGAUUGAUAAUGUCUUCGAGAAUGGAAUCAAUGGUUCAGCGAAUGAUCCCUUGAGUGAGGCAUUGAUGAAGACGUUUUGCUCAGAAGACGACAACUCAGAUGUUGGCGAAGCGAACGCCACAAAGAAUCGUGAAAUGGACACAAAUGGGAGUCCAGAGGUUGAGGGCAAUGGAUACGCGAAUGGAGACCAAGAGGGCGGUGAUGACGGAGGCGUCGAACAAAGCAAUGAACAAAUGGAUGAAGGAGUGGAUCAGACAUUUGACACAAUUCCUCAAUACUCGGCACUUCAUCCCAUUCCCUCGCCAUCCCCUCCAUCCGAACACAACUCCAAUGAAGCGGUUGAACAAAAUCCUACAGAAUAUCAGAGCAAUGCAUACGAAGGGGGACAGGAGGACGAGGAUGAGACCUCUAAUGAGUCGACUGGUCAGCAGAUUAUGGAACAGAUUAGUGCCCAACCGGUUGCUGAACCCAAUCCGUUGCGACAGUUCCGGAUGCCAUCCGCCUAUUCGCCACAAAUGUAUGGCUAUAAUGAGAGUCCCGAAGCGAGUCAACCCUACCUCCAAAACCCUCUGCAGAACCCAAUUGUGCCAACACUUCAAGUGCCGCACAAUACCAGUCAUUACACAUACGCCGCUCAACAACAGAAUUGGCCGCACAAUGUGCCACAAGUGGGCCAUCAAAUGCCAACUGUCCCUCAAAUGCAAUACAAUAUGCCGGCAGUGGAGGCACAACACGGGGCGCCACCACCACAGCAGGCCGACUGCGACUUCGACUACCCCUACAUGUCUUACUACCCGAACCACUCAAAUAUCCCUCAAUUUGACGGCAUUUUCGACGACGACUCCUUCCAAUCGGAGGGCAAUCCCAUCAAUUGUGCCACAAAUGAGAACAACGAGGCGUUGGAACAGUUGAGUCAGGGCUCAAGAAGUGAAGAGAUGGCCGACACUGUAGUCGUGGGCGCCGUGAAGAGAAAGAUCGGUGAAGUAGUUGCGGAGGCAUUGCCACAGAGAGAGUGCGGCCACAAAGUGGCCAGAGAUGAACGCCCCAAUGCCUCCCAUUCCUCCAAACGCAUAGCACAUAUCGACAUUGAAAUGCCUGAUGAGAUACCUGAGAGUCCGCUGAAUGAGACCUCAAACAACGGAUCCGAUGAUGAAGUCUAUAGUUUCUAUUCAAACAAAACUCUUUCACCGAAUUUCACUCAAUACUCGUCACAAAACUCGCAGAACUCUAACCGUUCGUUUGGCAAGACAUCCAGUCCUAUGACUGCCAGUCCACUCACUACUGCCUCUUUGCGCGCUAAACAGCACUCAACUCCAAUGAAUAGCCAAAAAUGUAAACCAUUUUCGCAGACAUUAAGCAAUUCAACAAAAAAAGAGUUUGACUUUCGGUUGAGUUACAGUUCGGCCAACACUUCCCGACACAAUAGGACACCAAAUGAAUCUAUUUCUGCGAACAUUAAACCGGGUUAUUAUCGCAAUCAGUCCGCUAUCGAAGGGCCCACUCCUACAAACAUUUUCGCAUUCAGUAGUGUCGAUGAUAUAGAGAGUCCGGGCAAUGGUGUGACUGAUAGGGAGUGUCAAUAUCUGACAACAAUGAGCGUUGAGGUGCAUGUGUCCACUCGCGCUAAACUCAAUCCCGACGCCAAUACCGAUCCCAUUGAAGUCAUAUUCUAUAGCCUGCGCUGCGAUCGUCCGGCUGGAGACGACUCGCGACCCAAAUACACGACCGGUUUGAUAGCCGUUGAGCCCGAAGUGGAGACCGUCGAGUGCAGCACAUCCCUCAACUCGAUCCGUACGAGCCGUAGACGCGCUUAUCAUUCGGUGGGCGCCUCCUAUAAAAAUCUAGUCAUAGAUUAUGUGGACGAUGAGGUCGUGUUGCUGAUGAAGUUCGUGGAAGUAGUUAAGCGCUGGGAUCCAGACAUUAUUGUGGGCUUCAAAGUGGACACCCUUUCGUGGGGUUAUGUCAUUAAAAGGGCUAAUGUGUUGAAUAUGUCGAUAAUGACGGCCCUCUCGCGCGUCAACGACGACCGCUUCUGUCGUAACGUCGAGAGCGCGCCGAACGUGAAGUGCGAACUCUGCGGAAGAAUUACAUUGAAUUUGUGGCAAAUCUUGAGACACGAAGUGACACUCACUCAGUAUAACUACGAGAACAUCCACUUCCAUGUCCUCCACCAACGCAUACCGGCCUUCAGUUUCGAGAAACUCACGCAACUCUUUGCCAACCGAUACGAUCAGUACAACCGGCGCCGAGUCAUGGAGUACUACCUCAUGCGCACCGUUGGUUCGCUUCAGAUCUUAGAUAAAUUGGAUUUUGUGUCCAAAACCAGUGAAUUGGCCCGACUUUUCGGGAUGCAGUUCCAUGAGGUGUAUAACCGGGGCUCACAGUUUAGGGUGGAGGCUAUUAUGUUGCGGAUGACCAGACUGUUUGACUACAUGCCGGUGUCUCCCAGCUCUCGACAGGUCCACUCCAUGCGAGCGCCGGAGAUAUUGCCACUGAUUCUGGAGCCGUAUUCCAAGUAUUAUUGCGAUCCCGUUGUGGUGUUGGACUUCCAGAGCCUCUACCCCUCAAUGAUGAUCGCAUAUAACUACUGUUACUCGACUUGUUUAGGAAAAGUGGAUCAACUCAUCCAAGAAACGCCUUUCCAAGAGUUAGGAUGUAUUGGACUCGAAGUACGCAAACAAUUACUUUACAAAUUACGCGAUGAUAUCCAUAUCUCUCCCAACGGAGUGGUCUUUCUUAAGGAUUACGUCCGGAGAGGCAUUUUACCCAAAAUGUUGGAUGAGAUUCUUGAGACCAGAAUUAUGGUCAAGAAUGCCAUGAAAAUGAAUAACAAAAAGGAAACACCGAAUAAAGCGUUGAAUCGGAAACUAGAGGCCAGACAACUGGGUCUCAAAAUGAUAGCCAACUUCACGUACGGCUAUACGAGCGCUAACUUCACGGGUCGUAUGCCAUGUGUUGAGGUCGCGGACUCUAUUGUGGCCAAAGGGAGGGAAACACUGGAAAGAGCCAUAAAUCUGGUGGGGAGUAGACCGGAAUGGGGCGGAAAAGUGGUCUACGGGGACACUGAUAGCCUGUUUGUGCACUUUCCCGGUCUGUCCAAAGAGGAGGCCUUCAAAAGGGGUCACGAAAUCGCGGAAGCGGUCACUCAGUCCAACCCAAAGCCCGUGCGACUCAAGUUCGAGAAGGUAUACCUCCCGUGCGUUCUUCAGACUAAGAAACGGUACGUCGGCUUCAGUUACGAGUCGGUCGACCAGCAGAAGCCAAAGUUUGACGCCAAAGGCAUUGAGACCGUACGCCGAGACACGUGUCCAGCGGUCGCCAAACUACUGGAGAAGUCGCUGAGAAUACUGUUCCAAACGAAUGACGUGAAUGGAGUGAAACAGUAUCUGUUCCGUCAGUUCCAGAAGAUUAUGGACGGGAGGGUCACUAUUCUGAAUGACUUUGUGUUCGCGCGUGAGUACAGGGGCGCCGAGUAUUACAGCGAGCGCUCACACGUGCCCUCCAAAGAGAUCGCUAAACGCAAGGUGUCGGCCGACCCGUGCGCUGAACCCAAACACAAGGAACGGGUGCCUUAUGUGGUGGUCUGCGGCCCACCCAACGAACCCCUCUAUAAGAUGUGUAGAGAGCCGUUAGAAAUGAUUAACGACCCGUCCCUUAGACUCAACGCCCAGUACUACAUCGAAAGGGCGAUAAUACCGGCGCUGAAUCGGGUGUUUGAGCUGUUGGGCCAUAAUGUGAACGACUGGUACCGAGAGAUGCCUAAAAGGAUUCAUUACAAUCGCUACCAAUACCUGUUGGGUAGGGAGAAGGCUCAGCCCAAGACUAUCCCCCAGUUCUUCAACACAACCCAAUGUAUCGCAUGUGAGGCCAACUCGAAGGGAGAGGACUUGUGUGGGGACUGUAGCCGAGCGCCAUACCAGUCCAUGCAAUCGGUGUGUCUGGACGUGAGGGACAUUCAUCUCAAACAUCACAAUGUGUUCAAUGUAUGCAAACAGUGCAGCGGUUGUGCCGACGCCAACAUCCAGUGCCAGUCCAUUGAGUGCCCCAAUCUGUUCCGAUACCAUCAGUCAAAGCUAGACCUCAUGAACGCCCACUACUUGACUGAUGUCCUCAAGAAGUACUUCUGA